GUUGCCGUUACUUUUUGUCUAGUCUUCGCGGUUCUGGUGCCGUUUCACACCAUGUCUCUCAUAUCUAACGGCCAUGGGCCACUAUCUCAUCUCUGUUUCCUCUCGCCUCCCUCGCUUCGCCUUCUUCUUCUACAUCCUUUCCACUUUCUUUGAGCCAUCUAUGCCUUCAUAGUGCCUUAAUCCAAAGGUCAAGCCGUCACUUUACGGACGACCAAGUCACUCACUUGCACUACAUUUUGUAAUUUGUUUGCCUCGUAGUCGAGGUAGUAUACCACCAUGAAGGUGAACUCUUCAAUACUGUUGAGCCUGCUAGGCUUGGCCUUACAGGCCCAGGCUGAUCCGACAUGGCCCUCGGACAUAGACGAGUUGGAGGAGAUCAUGUACCAGUCAUUCAAUUUCGGAUCACGACACUUUGCCGACAACGUCUUCCCCUGCGCCAAGGAGGCAACGGGCACCGGUCGCCAAACUGCUGCAGAAUGGCUGCGAACCGCUUUUCACGAUAUGGCACCGGCCAACGCGGGGUCAGGAGUUGGCGGGUUGGAUGCAUCUAUACACAGCAUGUCGGAUCUCAUCGCUCUUGGAGUCUACACAUCCGUCCUGUCGUGCGGCGGUCCUUCGGUUGCAAUCCGAUCCGGCCGCAUCGACGCAACCGUGAAAGGAGCCGCCGGCGUGCCGCAGCCCAACGAAGUCAUUCAAGUUUUCAACUCAAAAUUUAAUCGCAUGGGAUUCACUCCACAGGAGAUGAUCCAAGUCACAGCCUGCGGCCAUACUAUUGGCGGCGUCCACACGGCCGAGAAUCCAACUAUCGUUCCAGACGGCACAAACACGAACGGCUCCGCGCCCAUGGAUAGCUCAAACGGUGUCUUUGACAACAGAAUUGUGACCGAGUAUCUAGAUGGCACCACGCGGAACCCACUCGUCAUUAAAAUGGGCACGGCUCGAGCCAGUAAUUCCGAUUUCGUCGUCUUCAGCUCCGACAAGAACGCCACCGUGAAGGCCAUGACCGGCCUCGCAGUCUUCAAGUCUACCUGCAAGACCGUCUUCGAGAAGAUGAUCAACACCGUGCCAUCUGGUGUUACUCUUGGCGAUGCCAUCGCACCCUACACCGUCAAACCGUCCCAGCUUCAGCUCUCGCUCACUUCGCCCACCGUCAUGACUCUUACAGGCUAUAUUCGCGUCCGAACUACCGCUAUCACAGGCAUCUCGAGUCUGACAAUCAACUAUAAGAAUCGAAGUGGCGGCUCCACCUGCGGGACGGGCUCCUGUGUCUUUACAAUCACCAUCUCGGGCAUCUCAAAGGGCUUGGAAGAUAGCUUCUCCUGGUAUCCCAUCAGGCAGGAGAUUCCCGUCAGCACGGGAAUCUCGUCCUUUACUGUGACGAUCAAUAAGAGCGAUGGCUCAAGCACAUUAUUCAAUAACAACGGCAACGGGUACCCGAUCCAGGACGGCAUCUUUCUUCAGACGUCCCAGAGCUGCCUGACGCAGAACUCUGGCGAUGUUACACUUGUUGCCGCAGUCCGCAAUGACCGCACGUCUCUCCCGGUCAAGGCAGAAAUCUCUUACAAGACAGCGCGGACAAGCAGUGUGGUGCCUCUGCUGGGUAAGAUGACCGUCGACAUGGUCAAGGGCGACUGUGUAGGCAGCUACACAUUUUACAGCGUCACCACGAACAUUCCUGGUGGUGUUAGUUUCGAGUCGACUUUUGACUUCAUCAGUGGAGAGGGCGCGUCCGCCAUGAUUGACCCCUUCAAGAAGGCUGACCCUAUCGGUGGGACAUGUUCGAGCUGGACGGGAGGGUCUCCUACAUGCAGCAGCGUCACAGUGUCAUCUUCUACGUCCAGCGCGGCCCCGACUGCCACGAUUUCCCACCGACAGACCAUGGGCGGCUACAAGCUCGUCUCCUGCUGGACCGAGGCUUCUGGUGGCCGAGCUCUCAACGGUGCCGCCUUCGUGUACGAUGGCAUGACCCUCGACAGCUGUAUGGCAAACUGCACGGGAUUCGACUACUGGGGCACUGAGUACGGACGCGAAUGUUACUGCGGUAAUUCUCUGGCUACGUCCAGCAGCUCUGCGCCCUUGGCCGACUGCAACAUGCCAUGCUCUGGUGAUUCAACUCAAUACUGCGGAGCCGGCAAUCGCAUUGAGCUGUACUCGACCACCGCCACCCGCACCAGCAGCUCUACGGCCGCUCCCACGGCUACUCUCGCACACAUAAACACCGUCGGCAAGUACUCGCUCGUCGGCUGCCAGACCGAGGCCGAUGGCGGUCGCGCCCUUUCUGCUGCCCAGACUGCUGCGGAUGACAUGACUCUCGACAAGUGUGCUACUUUCUGCUCCGACUACACAUUCUUUGGCACAGAGUAUGGACGUGAAUGCUAUUGCGGUAACAGCCUGGCAGCAACCAGCAAGACUGCGCCCCUGAGCGAGUGUAACAUGAAGUGUGCUGGCAACUCAUACCAGUACUGUGGUGACGGCAACCGCUUGGAGCUGUACAAAGUCGGCAGUGCCUCGUCUACUUUGGCGUCGACGGUGGCCACUACGACCUCGAGCAGCUCUUUGUCAACGAGCUCUGCCAGUGUUUUGGUGGCGAGCGGGUCAACGUCUUCAACCCUGGCUUCUGCUUCUGCUACUUCCAGCAGCUCUUCGACCUCAUCACAGGUGUCUACUUCAAGUUCAAGCAGUGUCGUGUCUUCCAGUAGUUCCAGUUCUUCUAGCAGCGCCGGAUCCUCGAGCAGUGUCACGUCCUCCUCAAGCACGUCAUCGAGCAUCGCAUCGUCCUCUAGCAGCGGCGUCACUUCAUCAACAGCCUCGUCCUCUGCCUCCAGCACCAUCUCAACCUCCAUAUCCGCCUCCCCGACGCUGGCUCACAAGCCUAGCAUCUCGCCCUACACCCUGGUGGGCUGCUGGACGGAAGGCAACGGCGUCCGCGCUCUGAGCCAAAAGAACUACGCCUCCGGUGACAAUAUGACGCUCGAGUACUGCGCCUCGUACUGCUCAGACUACAAGUACUUUGGCACAGAAUACAGCAGCGAGUGCUACUGCGGCAACACCCUCGCCUCCUCCAGCGCCGCCGCGCCCCUGGCGGACUGCAGCAUGACCUGCAGCGGCAACAAGUACGAGUACUGUGGCGGCGGCAACCGCCUGACGCUCUACCAGUCCGACAAACAAGUGACGGGCCCCAGCCAGCCCGCCACGGCCGGCGCCUACGCUUUCCUCGGCUGCCGCACCGAGCCCGCGCAGGGCGGACGCGCUCUGGAUGCCAAGGCUACGGCCAGCAGCGACAAGAUGACCAACGAGGCGUGCGCGGCGUUCUGCGAUGGGUACAGCUACUUUGGCACGGAGUACGGCGGCGAGUGCUACUGCGGUAAUGCCCUGCCGACGACGUCGCUUGAUGCCCCGUUGGGCGAUUGCAGUAUGUUGUGUACGGGUUCCAGCACGGAGUACUGUGGUAAUGGCAACCGUUUGUCGGUUUAUAAGAAGUGAGGGCGGUUUAGUGGUGUGAUGAGGUAUUCACAGAUUAUGAGGAAAUGGGCAUUAGAAUCGGAGCAUAUAACAAUGCCGAUGCGUUCGGCGUUGACAAGACUGGAGAUAUGAUACCUUUUUGGUCACGGAUUUCGGCCAUUUACAUACAAUCAUAAAACAUCUUACUCCCCUUACUAUCAGGUUGAAUGAGUCAUUUGUAAAUACUUGGAUUGGAGACGAACCAAUUCGCCUUCUCGGCAGCCAAGAAACUUGGCGCCCCCAUGCUGUCGGAGUGCAAUCCGCACAACUCCUUCAAAUAGUCAUGACUUGAAAGAUUGCACUAGAGGGUCAAAUUAUGUUG